AUGCCCCGCCCGGGACCCCGCGCCCCCGGCCGCCUCGCGCCGCUGCGCCCCCUCCUCCUGCUGCUGUGCGCGCUGGCGCCCAGCGCCCCCCAAACCACACCAGGGCCCACCACGGCCGCGAGCCCCGAGGAGGCGCGGGACAUCGUGCACCCGGUGCGGGUGGACGCGGGGGGCGCCUUCCUGUCCUACGAGCUGUGGCCGCGCGCGCUGCGCAAGCGGGCCCUGUCGGCGGGCGGCGUGGCCUACGCCUUCUACCAGCUGCAGUUCCGCGGCCGCGACCUGCGCCUGCACCUGGGGGCCAGCCCGGACCUGCUGGCUCCCGGCUUCGUGAGCGAGACGCGCCGGCUCGGCGGCCUGGGGCGCGCGCGCAUCCUCAGGCCCGCGCCGCCGGCCUGCCACCUGCAGGGCCAGGUGCAGAGCCCCGAGCAGGAGGGCGGCCUGGCGGCCAUCAGCGCCUGCGACGGCCUGAAAGGUGUGUUCCGGCUCAACAACCAGGACUACUUCAUCGAGCCCCUGCCAGGAGCCCCGGCCCAGCCCGGAAGCGCCCAGCCCCACGUGGUGUACCAGCGUCCAUCUUCCCAGGGGCAGGCCGAGCAGGGCAGCCCCAGGACCGGUGGCACCUGCGGGGUACAAGCGCCCCUGGAGCAGGAGUUCUGGAAGCGGGCCGGCGGCGACCAGCCGCAGAAGCGGCAGCGGCGGUACCAGAGCUCGGACAGCAGAGAGAAGUGGGUGGAGACUCUGGUGGUGGCGGACGCCGCCAUGGUGCGGCACCACGGCCAGCCCCAGGUGGAGAGCUACGUGCUGACCAUCAUGAACAUGGUGGCCGGCAUUUUCAAGAACCCCAGCAUCGGAAACCCCAUCCACAUCACGGUCGUGCGCUUGAUUGUGCUGCAAGACGAGGUGAACGACAUGAAGGUCACACACGAGGCCCACAGCACCCUGAACACCUUCUGCGAGUGGCAGAAGCGGCUCAACAUGGACGAGGACUCCCACCCGCUGCACCACGACAUGGCCGUGCUGAUCACCAGGAAGGAUCUGUGCACCUCCAAGGACCAGCCAUGUGAGACCUUGGGCCUGGCCCACGUGGGGGGCAUAUGCCAGCCCCACCUCAGCUGCAGCAUCAACGAGGAUACCGGCCUGCCCAUGGCCUUCACCGUGGCCCACGAGCUCGGGCACAGCUUGGGCAUCCCGCACGACGGGGCGGGCAACCAGUGCCACACGCAGGGGAAGCAGCUCUUCAUCAUGUCUCCGCAGCUGCUCUUCCACUCCCUGCCCCUCAACUGGUCCCAGUGCAGCCGCGAGUAUAUCACCCGGUUCCUCGACCGCGGCUUCGGCACGUGCCUGGAUGACCCGCCGGCCAGGGACGUCAUCCCUCAGCCCUCCCUGCUGCCCGGGGUCCUGUACGACGUGAACCACCAGUGCCGCCUGCAGUACGGGGCCGGGUCCGCGUACUGCACAGACCUGGAUGAACCCUGUGGCAUGCUCUGGUGCUCUGUGCUGCGCAAUUGUCAGACCAAGAAGGACCCAGUUGUGGAUGGCACGGCGUGCGGGGAUCAGAAGUGGUGCCUGGGCGGGGAGUGCGUGUCCUCGGACCUGCAGCCCCAGGUGGUGGACGGCGGCUGGUCGGGCUGGAACGCCUGGUCCGCCUGCUCGCGGAGCUGCGGUGCGGGCGUGCAGAGCUCGGAGAGGCAGUGCACAGAGCCUGCGCCCAAGAACAUGGGCAAGUUCUGCGUGGGCGAGCGGAAGCGCGUGCGCCUGUGCAACGUGCAGGGCUGUGCCCCCGGCAGCCCCUCCUUCCGCGCCGUCCAGUGCGGCCAGUUCGACUCCACGCUCUACAAUGGCCGGCUGUACAAGUGGGUGCCCCAGCCGACUGACCUGGCCCCCUGCGAGCUGCACUGCAAGCCUGCGGGCGAGUCCUUCAGCGACCGGUUUCGGGACGCCGUGCUGGACGGCACGCCCUGCUACGAGGGCCGCCGGGGCAGUCGGGACGUCUGCAUCAAUGGCAUCUGCCAGAACGUGGGCUGCGACUUUCGGAUCAACUCGGGUGCCGUCGAGGACCGCUGUGGCGUGUGCGGGGGUAACGGCUCCACCUGUCACACCGUGAGCUGGGUCUUCCAGGAAAAUGGGCCCUACGGGUACAUGGACGUGGGACAGAUCCCGGCCGGCGCCCGGGAAAUCCUAAUCAAGGAGGUGGCCGCGUCCAUCAACUACCUGGCGCUUCGGAGCCGGGACCCGGACCGGUACUACCUCAACGGGGGCUGGAACAUCCAGUACCACGGCGAGUACCCCAUAGCGGGCACCGUGUUCACCUAUGAGCGCGAGGGCCAGCUGGAGAAGCUCACGUCCCCGGGCCCCACCAAUGAGUCCAUCUGGAUCCAGAUGCUGUUCUAUGAGAAAAACCGCGGUUUGUACUACGAGUACACCAUCCACCAGCAGGCCAUCCCUCCGGGCGUGGCGUCGGAGUUCUCCUGGGCCUACGGGGCCUGGACCGAGUGCCCGGUCACCUGUGGCAAAGGCAUACAGAAGCAGACCGUGUACUGCACGGAGCGGCACCACGGGACCGUGGACGACAGAUACUGUGAAUUCCUGGACCCGCCCGAGGAACGCCAGAGGAUAUGCACCCGGGAGCCCUGCCCCGCCAAGUGGUGGGCCAGUGCGUGGCAUCCGUGCUCCAGAUCCUGCGGGCCCGGGGGCCUCGCCCGCCGCACCGUGUACUGCCUCCGCAGCCUGGGCCUGGGCACGUUCGUGGGCAUGCUGCCGUCCGACUGCGGGUACGGGCCCCCGCCGCCCGCCGAACGGCCCUGCAACGGCCACGUGCCCUGCCCAUCCCGGUGGGCCUUCGGGCAGUGGGCCCAGUGCUCCGUGACUUGCGGGCCGGGCACCAAGCAGCGAGCUGUCGCCUGCACCCAGGACACCGGGGUCCCCUGUGACGAGGCCGAGCGGCCGCCCAGCCAGGCCCCGUGCUUCCUGCAGCCCUGCCUGCAGCGCCUGGACGUCCCCGACCCCCCCGAGGGCUCGGGCAGCAGCGGCUUCUCCAGCCGGGAGCUGGACAACGAGGUGGACUUCGUGCCCCGCCGCCCGGCCCACCACCCGCCUCCCCCCGCGUCGCCCGCCGAGCCCCCGGGCCAGGCCAACGCCAUCGACCAGGAGCGGCCGGAGCUGGGCCCGCCGGGACCCGCCUUGGUCGACGACUUUUACUACGACUACAACUUCAUCCAGUUCCACGAGAACCUGUCCCAGGACGAGGAGGACGAGGAGCCGGGCCCGCACCCCCCCGUGGGCACGGGGGCCCGGCCCUCCUCCCCACCACCCCGGGGCGGCCCGGCCGAGCCCCCCGCACCGCCCCCUGCACCUCGGCCCAGCCCGGCCGGCCCCCACCUGCCCCCACCUUCGGGGCGGACGCCCUGGGACCCGCUGCUCAACUUCUUACCUGAGGAGGAUGCCCCCACGGGGACCCCGGCCCUCGGGCUCCCCACCUCGCCCUGGCCCCCCGCUUCUGUGGGCGAGACGCCUGCCACCCCGGGGAGCCCCGAUGCGUCCCCGGCCCCCAGCCGGCCGCCCCCUCCGCGGUGGGAGAGUACCAACGAGGUCCCCGAGGACGAGGAGGGCGCCCUGGGUCCCCCGGGGCUGCCCCUGCCGGGGAUGCCCGCCUCACCCCCUCUGUCCCCCGCCCACCCCUCGCCGCAUCCUGACUCCGAGGAGCUGUGGCCCGCCGUGGGGGGCGCUCCUCCCGCGGCCUCUCUGCCUGACGCUCGCCCCGGCCCGGCCCCACGGGACCUGCAGACCCCGGCGAUGCCCGGGGAACACGAGCCUGGGGCCCUGGGCCCCCUGAGCCCGGCUGGGGUCCGUCCCUCCGAAGGCAGCAGGGUCUCCGAGGCCCCGCCGCCGACCAGGAAUGCCAGCUGGGAAGUGGGAGACUGGAGCCAGUGCUCCACCACCUGCGGCCUGGGUGCCUCCUGGAGGGUCGUGCGCUGCAGCUCCGGUCGCGAGGAGGACUGUGCGCCCGAGGGCCGCCCGCAGCCCGCACGCCGCUGCCACCUGCGUCCCUGUGCCACGUGGCACGCGGGCAACUGGAGUAAGUGCUCCCGCGGCUGCGGCGGAGGGCUCUCCGUGCGGGACGUGCAGUGCGUGGACACGCGGGACCUCCGGCCGCUGCGGCCCUUCCACUGCCGGCCCGGCCCCGCCCAGCCGCCCGCCCGCCAGCCCUGUGGGAUGCAGCCCUGCCUGAGCUGGUACACCUCCUCCUGGAGGGAGUGCUCGGAGGCCUGCGGAGGUGGCGAGCAGCAGCGCCUGGUGACCUGCCCGGAGCCCGGCCUGUGCCCGGAGGCGUGGAGACCCAACUCCACGCGGCCCUGCAACACGCACCCCUGCACCCAGUGGGUGGUGGGGCCCUGGGGCGAGUGCUCGGCCCCCUGCGGGGGUGGCGUGCAGCGGCGUGUGAUCCAGUGCGUGAACACCCACCGGGGGCUGCCCGAGGAGGACAGCGGGCGGUGCAGCCACGAGCCCUGGCCCGAGAGCGCCCGCCCGUGCGGCACCCGGGACUGCGAGAUCUCCGAGCAGCGGCGGCGUGAGUGCUGCGAGCUGGACCGGCUGCCCUUCGACUCCUGCGAGAGGCUGCGCCUCCUCGGCCGCUGCCGGCUGCCCAGCAUCCGCGCCCAAUGCUGCCUCACCUGCCACGGCUGACCCCGCCCCGGCCGGCCCGUCGGGCAGACAGACAGACAGACAGACCACUGA